AAAGAGUUUGCAGAGAGAGAAAGAGCGUGCUUCCUGCCUGUGUCCCCUCCCCUCAAAUCAGGUCCCCUCCCACCAAGAAAAGCCAGAGUUUGCAGAGAGAGAGAGCGUUCUUCCUGCCUGAGUACCAUCCCCUCAAAUCAGGUCCCCUCCCACCAAGAAAAGCCCUAAACAUGGCGACUCAGAAUUUCCAAAUUUUUAUCCACGCUCCUGAACUGCAAGUCCCCAUUUAUUCUCUAACGGUAAGCCCUAAUCAAACCCUUGGCAACCUCAAAUCCUCUCUCUUUUCUUCUUUUUCCGUUGGUACCAAAACCCUAGAUUCGUUCUUCUUCGCUCUCAAUGGGAAACCCCUUUCUGAUUCAUGUAAAUUAUCAGACUGUGGGGUUUCUCCUUUCUCAACUUUAAUUUCUAGGGCUAGAGUUUUGGGUGGAGGUGGCGAUGGAGGAGCUACAGGCGCGGAAUCAAGAGACUGUUAUCUCAACAUGUAUGCCUCCAAGAAACCAGACAAGGUUGACCCCAAUGAAACUCGCCUUUCGAAGUGGUCCACCUGUGCUCUAUCUUAUGAGCCUCUGAAACCUCCGUGUGUUAUUGAUAAACUUGGGAACAUAUUUAAUAAAGAGACUCUUGUUGAAGCUUUGUUAGGGAAGAAGAUUCCUAAACAAUUUGGUCAUAUUAAGGGUUUAAAAGAUAUGAUCACUAUUCAUCUCUCUUCAAUUCCUGGAAUUGAAAUGGAUGACAUUAGUUUUGGUACAAAAUUUCAGUGCCCCAUUACUGGCUUGGAGUUUAAUGGCAAGUAUAAGUUUUUUGCGUUGCGUUCUUGUGGCCAUGUUCUGAGUGCAAAGGCGUUGAAAGAGGUUCAAUCAGAUGCUUGCCUUGUUUGUCAUUCUGAGUUUUCUGAAUCCGAGAAGAUUGUGAUUAACGGGAGUGAGGAUGAAGUUGCAAAUCUGAGAGAGAAAUUAGAGGCAGGGAGGGCAAAAGGUAGAGAGAAGAAGGAAAAGAAGAGACAAAAUGGGGAUUGUGUUUUUCGGGUGGUUGAUUCUGGUUUGCAAUCACAAGAACAAGGAAAUGUCGAUUCCGUUAAAUCGAUUAAAGGAUUAGUGGGUUCGUAUAAUCCUGUUUCUUCUCUUACUCUUUCUAAGAGAAAACGUGAUGGUAAUGAGAAGAUUUCAAUUAGUGAUCCUAAGAAGGAACCGAAGGAUUUAGUGAAAAGGUCCAAGGCAGGUGUUAUUCCACCACGUCACACUACGACAGAAGUGUACGCUUCUAUAUUCACAUCAUCAAAGAAAUCAGACUUCAAGGAGACCUAUAUGUGCAGAUCUCUUCCACUUGGGAGGAAUUGAAUUCGAUGGAAUUUCAUUUGUGCUUUAGGCUUUUGAGGAACGGUUGGUGUUGAAGUUAGUUUGAUGGCAUCGAUUGUGGAGAUGCAUGACAACGAAUUGCACUGGAAUCUCAACUUUUUCACGGACUUGAUUAGUGUGAUGCUAUAAGAUGGGUUUUUUGUCUAUGGCUCUAUGAUUAGUGUGAUUUUGUAAGAUGGCUUUGGCGUAUCUGUUGUUGUAUGUGGUGGUAAGGAGAGUCUUGGGGGUGACGAUGAAUUAUGGGAAAGGAGGGAGGACAGUCAAUCGUGUCCAAAUUAUAUGCAUAGUUCCUUCACAUUCACAAAGAUUGUGAAUCCUGUUAGGAAGUAUUGACAUAAACAGAGAUCACAUUUGCAUGGAUGCUAUUAUGUGUAUCAACAUUCUACACACAUCGAGUCUCAGACCAUGAUGAUUCUCACGCAUUAAAGAUCUAAGCGUAACAAGUGAGGCGCAUAAUCGAGAUUUUGUGACUGUAGAUAAUCUCCCUGUCCAUUAGUUCGGAACAAAAUUCUAACUGAGGUUGAAGUUACUUCCAUUGCAAGUUAGCCAAGGUUAUCAAUAAUAGUUGAUGCAUGUUGAUUGGCUUUCACAUGGUUUUCCUCGAGGUCCCCUCACAUCAAUUAUAUAUCCAACUCUUGUUAUCCUUUCUUCUUUGGUUGGCAUCUACCUCGCGACAUGUUUG